UAAUGGAGGAUGCCGGCAUAUCUGCAGGAAUGGACCAGACGGUGCAGUCUGCUCGUGUCGGGACGGGUACCAACCAGCAAGUACAGACGGCAUGACUUGCCGAGAUGUCAACGAAUGUUUAGCCAACGAUGGCAGAGGUCCAUGCCAGCACAUAUGCUAUAACAGCCCUGGAAGCUUCUCCUGCUAUUGUCACUCAGGAUUCAAUUUGGCACAAGACAAAUCCAGCUGUUUACGAAAUCAAGACCAAUGCAACUGUGGUACACACGGCCGAUGCGUGCGAAAUUAUAACACCAGGCCUAUGUGCAUUUGUUAUGAUGGAUACCGCCGGAGUAGUGAUGGUCUACGUUGUACUGAUCCAGAACCUCCAUGUCAUUGCGGGAGAGGCUCUACCAGAUGCGAAGAAAUCGAUGGAGUAAAGAGGUGUACCUGUGCUCGUGGGUACAGAGCCAGCUCUGAUGGAACUAGAUGUGAUGACAUUGAUGAGUGCCGGGAGAGCGAGAACGGCCUGGCUGACUGCCAGGAGGCGUGUCACAAUACCUUGGGCUCCUACAGCUGUGACUGCCCCCAACGGUGGCUUCGUCUCGCUGCAGACCUGCGGUCUUGCGAAGAAAGGCCGUGUAAUUGCGGAUCGGGUUCAUCCAGUUGCUCCCAGCCUAACGGAACGAAGAUCUGCACCUGCGCAGACGGUUACAAGCUUGCCCUAAAUGGAGCUAGCUGUAUCGACGUCAACGAGUGCCAAGACAAUCUUCACGACUGCCAAGGGACGUGUCAGAAUACCGUGGGCUCAUAUCGCUGCUCUUGCCCCGAACGGUGGCUUCGUCUCGCUACAGACCAGCGGUCUUGCGAAGAACUCCCGUGCAGCUGUGGACAGGGCUCAACUGCUUGCUCCUGGCUCAACGGCGAGAAGAUAUGCACUUGCGCUGACGGCUACGAACCGGCCCCACAUAAAGCCAGCUGUGUGGAAUUCCCGUGUGACUGCGGACAAGGUUCAACCUCUUGCUCUCAGCUCAGCGGAAAGAAGAUUUGCACUUGCGCUGAAGGCUACAGACUCGCUCGUAAUGGAGCUGUCUGCCUUG